AUGCCGAAGCAGAUCAUCUGGAAGUCGACGAUUCCGGCGCCGGAGCUGCCCGAGUCGUCCUUGAUCCAGUACCUCAUCGGCGGCGCGGGACAGACACCGUUGCCGCAGUUUGACGACUCGCUCCCUGCCUUCAUCGACGGCUUCACGGGCAAGGCACUCACGCGCGGACAGCUGAAGGAUGGCGCUCUCCGCCUCGCCGGCGCCCUUGGCAAGCUCGGCCUGGGCAGGGGCUCGACGGUGUGCAUCUUCGCCCCGAACUCGGUCAACUGGGCCCGCGCCGCAUUCGGCGCCAUGGCAGCCGGCGUCACCAUCAGUCCCGCGAACGCUGCAUACGCCGCCAAGGAGAUUGCGUACCAGAUCAACAACUCGGACUCGAAGCUGUUGUUCAUCGACCCAGUCCUGCUCCCGGUGUACGAGGAGGCGCAGUCGCAGAUUGAGAACAAGCUCGACGCCAGCCGCGUCGUCCUCCUCUGCACGCCGGAGCAGAAGCCCAAGGGAUCCAAGUACAGGACGAUUGACGAGGUGAUCGCGACGUCGCAGCCGGUGCCGUUCGCGACGGCCAAGGGCAACGAGAUCCACGACACGGCCUGGCUGUGUUACUCGUCCGGAACCACGGGCCUGCCCAAGGGCGUCAUGACGACGCACUACAACAUGACCUCGCAGCUGCAGGCGGUCAACCAGGCGUACCAGUCGCUCGAGAGCGGAAAGGACACGGUUCUCGGCAUCCUUCCCUUCUCGCACAUCUAUGGACUCACCGUGGUCCUCCUCCAGCCCCUCACUGUCGGCGUCCCCGUCGUCGUUCUUCCCAAGUUUGACGAAAUUCCCGUCCUGAGCGCGAUCCAAAAGUUCAAGAUCACGCACGGACUCAUCGUCCCGCCCAUUCUUAUUGUUCUGCUCCACUCGCAGAACGUCAAGAACUACGACCUUUCGUCUCUGGCUUUCAACAAGAUUCACCCCCACAUCUCCCUCACGCAGGGCUACGGCAUGACGGAGACGUCGCCGGUUAUCACUACUAUGACUAGUGAGCACAGCGCGUCUCACCCGGGAUACGUCGGAACGCUUAUCCCCACUUUUGAGGCGCGCCUCGUGCGCGGCGAGGGCGAGGACGACGCGGGCAUCGGAGAGCGCGGUGAGCUGUGGGUGCGCUCGCCCUCGGUCAUGAAGGACUACUUCAAGAACCAGAAGGCGACCGAUGGCACGAUGAGCGGCGAGUGGUACAAGACCGGCGAUGUGCUGGUUCGUGAUGCGGACGGAUGGCUUAAGGUCGUCGACCGCGUCAAGGAGCUCAUCAAGUACAAGGGCUUCCAGGUGCCGCCGGCCGAGCUCGAGGCUCUGCUGCUGCAGCACGAGAAGGUGGUUGACUCUGGCGUCGUCGGCGUUUGGGAGGAGAGUCAGGCCACCGAGCUGCCCCGAGCCUACAUCGUGGCGAAGCCUGGCCUCCUCAAGACGCCAGCGGACAAGGCCAAGCUCGAGGCCGAGGUCAGCGCGUGGGUCGCGUCCAAGGUCGCGAACCACAAGAAGCUCCGUGGCGGCUGCAUCGUCAUCGAGGCCAUUCCGAAAAGCCCGUCGGGCAAGAUCCUGCGCAAGGACCUGCGCGUGCGCGCCGAGGGCGAGCGCGCCAAGGAGACCCGCGCCAAGCUGUAA